AUGCUCAGCAGCUCCCUGCUGCACUCCAAUGGUGCGCUGUAUUUUUUGCAAGAGAAGAACGAUUACCCGACAAGGAGCUUGUUACUUUCCCUCCUAACGGAGGAGCUGAAGACAAUUACGUCUGUCUUGGAGACUUGGGCAAAACUGGACUCCUUCCUCUCCAAGUCGUCUGUGCCCACGGCCGGUCUGGUUGGAUUCUUGUCGGAUGCAUCGGGUGAUGAAACUUGGAACGACGCGUACCGUUGCUUGAAUGCAGUUGUGGCGAAUGCAACGAAGGUCGAAAAUGGCUUUAAGUUCACGGGGUCCGAAUCAUACGCCAUGUGGCCGGUGAACAUGUGGUACAAUGGCAAGCUGUACGGCUUUUUGAACUACGCGUUUACGCUUGUAGCGACGGUGACCAUCGAUGAGGUACCGAAGGAGAGCGGUCGUUUACUGGGCGCGAGCUUGAAUGAUAAGGAAAACACAGAGUUUGUGGGGCUGUCGUACACGACGGAGAAACAGUGGGGGACAGUCUUCAACGGCAUCACGACAACAACACACAGCAGCACUUGGGAGCCGGGGAAGGAGUACAAAGUGGCGCUCAUGCUGGAGGGUAACAAGGGCUCCGUGUACGUGGACGGCGUGCUCGUGGGAAAAUCGGACACACUACCAACGCUUCAAAAAAGGAGUGACAAAAUAUCAGGCUUUUACUUUGGCGGCAGCAAAGACGGCAGCGCGACAGUAAAGAACGUCUUUUUGUACAACCGCCCAUUGAGUGAGCAGGAACUCAAAAAGGUCGACGACUACGAUCCAUCUGGGAAAAAUGGAGGCGACAGCUCCAUGCGUGCGGAUGUGUCUUGCGUGCUGCUGCUGCUGCUGCUGGGGCUAUGGUGCCUUGCGGUUCUAUCCUAA